UUCAAAUGGAAAGGAGCUUAAGAUUUUAGAAAAAUACUUAUUUUCUCAUAAAAAUGAAAGUAACUCCAGUUAAAAAUAGAAAUAUUGCUUUAGGAAUGCCUUUGCCUUAUAUAAGCAAUCCACAAAUAAUGAAAAUUGUAAAUGAUUCUUAUGGGAACUUAAAUCGGAAAUUCAAUCCUGUGCAGGUUUCAACAACUACCAAUUUACUACCUCUCUCGUUGGAAAAUUGUCAUUAUAUGUUAUCUGGAAAUAAGUUUGUACCGGUACCAAUGGAUAUUUCGAUAGAGCAGCCUCAAAUGAUAAGAACAUUCAAUAAUUCAACCAGCUUCAAUGCAAUUAAAACUCACAGUACAAUACAUCCAUCUCAAAGUGUAGUACAAAGGAAUAAAAAUUCUGACAACUCGACAUUGUUGAUGCCGUUGCCUGUUCCUGUUCAAAAUAAGCAUGAAAAUGUUUCUUGCACCGCUGGUUCAUCAGUUCAGUCAGUAGGGAAUAUUGAGUCAAAUAAAAUGUUAAAAAACAGCCAGCUGUCGGAUGAUAAUAAUAAUAAAAGCAAAAAUUAUCAGGUUAAAACAAUUUUUUGUACCGGAACAAUUGAGAGGAUUUUGAGAUGGAAUAGGAACCUUGAGGGUGUUUUUUGCAUGUAUGAAACUAUCGCUCCUAUUGUAUCACUUCAGGAAGGGAGAAUUAAAGGUCAGAAGAUUAUGCUCUUGCGGGAUAAAAAAGGACCUAUUCUUCAAGUACAGUACUAUACGAGCACACAUAUUGAUAUUGAUGAUUUUAAUAUAGGCCAGUACUUGAGGUGUGUUGGCCGAAUGAUAGGUUUCAAUAUUUUAGCAGCCGAAAGUAUAAGAGAAGCAAAAGAAGAUGAGAUAUCCUCUUUGGCUAGACUGUCAUACGUUUGCGAUUAUUCUGUUACACAUAAUUUGAAUUCAACUUAAGAAGAUUGUGAAUAUGACAAAAAUAUUUUUUCCUCAUUUCUUGCAGUAUUCAGUGUGAACUAGUUGUUUAGGGAGUAACUUUUUUUGUUUGAGUUAUACCAUUGUGAUUUUUGCCAA